UCAGCCCCUGAGCAUCGCGAGAUUUGACCAGCUGUUUAGUCUGUUUUUUUAGACGGGUGCUUGUCGGUCUACACGUGGGGAGGAUCUGACUUUGCUUUCCACAGGGACACAUUUGAAAAACUCACAAUAUCAGUAUUGCUCUCAUCGUGGCGGCACCAAGGACCAUAACAUACUGUGUAGCUGUUAGUGUCCUGAGGAAAUGCCGCUGAGGUUUCGUUCUAUCGCGCCCUACACGCUACCCGGAGUCCUUGCACUGAUCGGCUGGUGGUGGUACAUCUCGCGGAAGAAAGAGCGGCUCAUCAGCCAUGACAGCCCAGAGGGGGCUCCAACCACUAUGGGCCUUAGAGCAUCUCCAGCAGAGGGUAGCAACGGUUUGGUUGAGAAAGGCACUGUAUCCCCUUCAAAUGGCACAGAAAGCCCCACCCACAGACCUCCGAAGGUCGGCAACCUGAGAACAGAACAUGAAAAUAUUUCCCCGAUCGAUGUCCAGGACAAUGAAGCAGCACCUUCACUAAAACAAAGUUCUGAAGAAGCUGCUCCUCACCUUGGCAGAAUAAGACUAGGGGAAGUCCAUAAACCCCCAUUCUCGACUCUGCCAUCACCUGGCAAAGAAGACUGCCUGCAGGUGUCAUUGAAAGACCAUAAAGACCCAGAGAAGAGCUUACCACCUGUCUUGGUAAACGAGCUGGAUAAACACCUAGUCAACGAUCCAGCCUCUCCUUCAGAAGCCACAAUAGUAGAGGUGGUCUUGCCCUGCCGGUCUACCAAAGUCACCAGCUCCUCCCCAACAAUGCAUCUUUCUGAUGCAGAGAGGCCCGAGCCAGAAGGGGAAGUUGCAAAGCACUACAGCCCUGUGAAUACACAAGCCGAGAUAGUUGUUUGUGCAGUCACUCAAGCCAAUGUGCAGAGAGUGAUCCCAUCAGAGGCGGACUCUCUAGAGACGCCCCCUUCAGCGCAGGAUUUCCACCAACACAUUCUAACCAGCACGCCUGCCUCCCCCGCCCCGACCUCCACGGCCCAGACGACGGACCAAGACUCCGCUACCACAUCAGAGACGCCAGAGGACGUCCAGUUACACGGCGGCCGUGGAAAGGAGCAGGAUCUGGAGCUUCUCGCAGCUGGACUCAUACAUGAGGUCAUCUCGGCAGCCACCCAGGAGGUCCUUGGGGUCACCAGUUGCAAAGUCACAGAAACCAGCCAGGCCAGUUGCAGCAGCAGCACACCGCUGGCCGGCGGCAGACUAUGCUCCCAACAGGAGCCUAGCACGGCAGCACAGCAGCACAACCAUCUACUGACAGGCCCCUCUCAGAUAGGCUGCGAUUCCAGAGAGGCCACAGAGAAGGAAGAGCUGGGGAUGCCCAAUGGCUGCUCCUCGGCCCCAGUAUGGGAGUCUGUCGAGGUCAGUCACAGGGUUCAUCAGACAAACCGUGCAGGCCAUUGGCCAACGCCGUCGCACCAAGCAGCACCGAGCCCCCCUCCUUUGCUAAACAUGAAACUGAAGGGCGAUGAAGCAGUGGUGCUGGGCGACGACUCUGCCUGCAGUACGUGCCACUCUGAGGAUGGCAUCAGCAACGAGGACCUCCAGAACAGCACUUUUGUCAACCAAAAAGAUGUGAUCCAGCUUCUGGACUUGUCUGCAAAAGAUGCCACACAGCCUCAAUCACUGGUCGAGACGGCCACGGAGGCAUCGUUGUUGGCUGUAACUGAAGAAAACUCAUCGGAUGCAGUGUGCGAGAUAAAGAGGCUUAACGGACUGGGCCUGAGGAAUGGAGCUCACGGGACAUGUGAGGUGGAGACGGACCAGUCUGGAGGCUCUGAUGUGAACAGUAUGGACUCGGUGGACAGCGGCUGCACCAUGGGUGCUGGGGAAAGCCAGAGCAACCACGCUGCCUCCUCCAGCUCGGAGCUCAUCGUCUGGGAGAUCGAGGUGCCAAAGCAUCUUGUAGGGCGGUUAAUAGGGAAGCAGGGGAGAUAUGUGAGCUUCCUGAAGCAGAACUCUGGCGCAAAGAUCUACAUCUCCACCCUGCCUUAUACACAGGAGUUCCAGAUCUGUCACAUAGAGGGUACGCAGCAGCAGGUUGACAAAGCCCUGUCCCUGAUUGGGAAGAAGUUUAAAGAUCUGGACUUGACCAACCUGUAUGCACCUCCGCCGCCCCCGCUCACAUUGCCAUCACUUCCCAUGACCUCCUGGCUGCUUCUCCCCAGCGGAGUGACCGUUGAAGUGAUCGUGGUGAACAUCGUGUCAGCCGGUCACGUCUUCGUCCAGCAGCACACCCACCCCACCUACCACGCCCUGCGCAGCCUGGACCAGCAGAUGUUCCUCUGCUACUCCCAGCCGGGCACCCCGGCCCUCCCCUCACCCGCUGAAGUGGGUGUGAUCUGUGCAGCUCCAGCGGUGGAUGGAGCCUGGUGGAGAGCUCAGGUCAUCACCUUCUAUAAAGAAACUAACGAAGUGGAGAUCAGAUACGUUGAUUAUGGAGGCUACGACAGAGUUAAGAUUGACUCACUACGGCAAAUAAGGUCUGAUUUUGUAACACUACCGUUUCAAGGGGCUGAAGUAUUGCUUGACAACAUCGCCCCACUUCCAGGAGAGGAUCGCUUCUCAGCAGAGGCCACAUCAGCACUGGAGGAGAUGACCAGAGGAGCGGCGUUGCUCGCCCAGGUCUCAAACUACGAUAACAACACGGGCCUCCCACUGGUCCACCUGUGGAACAUGGUCGGAGACGAGGUGGUUUCAGUGAACCGUACGCUGGCAGAGAGGGGCCUGGGUGUUUGGAUGGAUGGAUUUUGAACUCUUAACAGGCUCUGAUCUUCACCCUCCCACCCCCCACCCACCCACCCACUUCCUUAUUGUCUUGUGAUCAGCAGGACACGGGGGUCCCAGCCCCACCAGACACACCCACUGGAUCUAGGAAGAUUGUUUUUCCUUUCCUUUCAUUUCAUUUUUUUUUUUUUUUCUUUUUGGUCCCCAUUUCUUUGAAAAGAAAUUAAAAAUUGUUUGCAGGCAUAAUCUACAAGAACGGCACUGCUUUAAAAUAAGACAACCUCCCUCUCUUGUUCUUGUACACAAAAAGAACUCAGAGGGAAAGGAAGAGGUACUUGUGAAGGAAAAAAAAAACCUUUUUAAAUCUAUAUUGUAACUAAAUAAAGGUUCAACCAAUAUUUUUUUUCCCCCUCCCCCAUCCUACCUUAACUUUUUGCUCUGGGCCUUUUGCUCGCUGACUGUGGAUCAUCAUGCUGUGUGAAGGACAAACUCCUCCAUCAGACUAUGUAUACACUUGUGAACAGUUCGGAGUUUCAUUGACACCUUGGUUCUAGUUGUCUGUAUGUCACUACUAAGUCAAUUUUUAGAAGAUUGUUGGGGGUUCUUGUCCAGAUAGAAUGUAGGGGGCAGAAAGGCAUUAGAGACUGAUGGGUGACGGCACAGCACAGAGCAGAGGAGGGGCUGAAGGUGGUGCCUGUUGGAGCACCCAGCUGCUCUGCAGCCUCAAGAGACAUUGACUUCUCUGGGUCUGGGUCUCCACCCAGAGCGGCGGCUGCUGCUGCUGCUGCUGCACCUCUAACAGGAGCGAGCUGGUUGCCUUCGCUCCACCUUUCUCCACCAUUUUGCACCGCGUUACGGAGGAGCCUGGGAUUUCAACCAACCAGACAACAUGCAGUCGAACAGCUUUUCAAAUUUGGAACGCCGAGUUGGGCAAGAUUUAUUUAACUUGGUAUUUCCAAGAUGCAUUUUUCUGGCAGCAUAUGGCUGAUGAUGCAUCAUUGGACUGUUUGUAAUCCUCAAGUGACACGUUUUUAAAGAGUGACAUAACUGAAGAUCUACUCACAGAUCUACUGUGUCCCCAAAGUUAAGAUAAAAAAUAAUAAUCAAAAGAAAAUUCUGGACUACCGGAACCCCUCAAAAAACUUGCAAUUUCACGGCACCAUAACGAUUCGUUGUGCACUUUUUUUAAUUCUGUAACUUUGUUACCAAGUGUUUUAGUCUACACUUGGUAACAAAUGUUAAAACCUCUGCCUGAAGGGAAACCAAGCUGCAGGAGGUCUGUGUUGACUUGUUUUUACCGAUUUUACUAUUACCAAUAUUUCAUGUUGGUCAAAUUACUGAGUGUCUCAUGGGUGUCCUCUGGUUUAAUAAUUCCAAAGUAAUCAGGAUUUUGGGAGCUGUGGUGCAGCGUUAAUAUGCUGUAAUCCUACAAAGACUUAAAGCAAUGAAGGAACCGCCAAACUCAACUGACAUGGGAAAGACCCACUACACCAGAUUUAGUUUGCAGUGCUGCUCCUCGGUGUCGACCGAAUAUUAAGCGUUGAGCUGAAUCCAGUUUGUGUCGUGAGUGUGCAUGGUAGAGCAGCCCAGGAGCAGCGUGUGUUCUCUGCGCCACAGUGUGUCCACAUCCAAUCAGCUUGUGUGCACAGACCGAGCACGGCCUUGUUCUUCACAUGUGACUACGCUGCCUGGGAUCUAUCAUCUCUUCAAAGAUGGCUUCACGUUGAUUUGGAUCAAUUGUCAUAGCCACACGUCCUCAACCCAGACCUGAGAAAUGUUUUUUAAGAAUUCCGUUUUCAGGGGCCUGCAUCACCAAGCAAAUUCAAUUUAGUGUGGCUGUCUAUGGGCUCACUGGCGUCAUUGAGCUUAACACUGGGGAUCCUGGAUAACACGGAGCUGGCUAUCAACUGGCUCCGUUCGCUCUGGCUUCAUCCAUCUGCCAGAUUUCUUUAUUACAAACAUCAGAGCCAUGAGUGAGUACUUAACGCGACAUGAGAUGAAACGGUGACACCGUGGGCAGAUUGGGUUAAAGAGGCAAAAAAAAUAUUUUUUAUAAUAUAAACACAACUUGAAUAUAAGUAAGGAUAUAAAUAUGUGUAGGAAUUGUCUUUUUAAAUGUUUGGCUCUUAACAUGUAGUAUAGAGCAAGUCUUUUUGCUUUAAAUCAUGGAUAGGUGAUGCACAUAAGAACGUUCUCCUGCCAAAGCAGGGAGGAAAAAAGAAGUCUCCCUGAUGAGGUCUCUCUGACCAACAUGUUGCAUUUCUAAUUUAAGGGGAGCUAGUUAACAGUGUGUGAAUAUCUUUCUCAUUAAAGAUGGUCUGUCUGUGUACGUAUCAUGUUCUGAGCUGUAGUGAUGAAAUAAGAGUGUAAAAUCACCAACACUGUCAGGAAUCAAAGAAUAUUUGUAGUCCCCAUUCAUUACAGGCAGGUUUAGGGUGUUCAAGUACCCCCUGGUUGUUCAAAGCACUGUUUUAAACCCAGAGGGGCUACAACAAAGUGAUUCUACUGAUCUCUAAAAAUACGUGUUGCUCUUAUUACUUGUCACUCUACUGUAAACUUUUUAUCAACGUCAGGAUCCUGUCGUAAUAUUGACUCAAAUUGUCCAGUGGUCUUCUGGUCAGAAGCCAGGCAGUGACAGAUUUUGAUUAGGUUUUCUGAAGUAGCAUAUGCUACCAUGGUAACCCCACCCCCAGUUAAUAGUGAGCCAGCUUGGUGAUACAGGAAAACCUGAGUCAAGCCACUAAUCUCACUCCAUGAUACAGGCCCCUGAUGGGAACAGUUUUGUUUUUUGAGAAUGAUCAAGAUGUUGGUGUAAUUAUGCAUUGUCACAAAAUCAUGUCUUCUAUUUCCAAAAUAAGAGGCGCAGUCUCAAGUGAUAACGUAAUCCAAGAUGAACACAUCAGUUUGAGUCUGGGUGAGACGCGAUCAUUUUAGCCUGAGCAGUUUCUUAAAGAAGGAUCACAAGAGCGGGGCUUAAGUGUGAAAAGCCAAACCAACCGGGAUUAAACUUUCAUAAAACCCAAACCCAUCACCUCACUUCACAAUGAAGAAAACUGACAUGUAGAGAGAAAACUACGAUAUAGGAACUUUGGAGUUUCCGUGAUAAUUUAGGAAUUAUUUAAACCUACUUUUUUUUUUUAACGGAAAAGGAGCUUGAUUUGCUUAACCAACCCUGGCAAUGUUGCUUUAUGAAACCCCUCUGGAUUAGUUCAACUACAUUUAAAGAACACGGUCCAACUAGGCAUUUCUUUUCAGUUAAUUCUGCAUCUGAAUGUGUUGUCACUAUAGAUUUAUUUUUUCAGACAUUGAAUCAUGUUUCAUCAGUGUCAUGAAGUCGGACCUUCCCUGUUUGCAGUUCCACAGUGGCUGUAAUUCUAACAUUAACUGUGUGUAUUUCUUUCUUUUUUUUAUUUCUCUUACCCUAGCAAUAAGGCAGCUUUAUUUUGAAAUUGAAGAACAGAAUGGGGAAAAGUGUGGGCGGGGUUUGUUUUUAUUUGACACAACUAAGAACUAGGAAAGUUAACUGCAUAACUACUCAUAACACUGUAAACCACUAUAAAAACUCAAUAACACAUUUCAAUAAUGUAUCUCAGGAGUGGUGAAUUAGGUUGAUUAGUGACUCAACAUCCCUGGGGACAGCUGAUAGAGGAAAGGGGCCUGAUUGUAAGCGAGAAUUCAGAUGUAUAUGAAAUUAGGCAUUUUGACAAAGACUUACAAACCAGACGUGGGUUCAUGAAGGUGUCCUUACGUUGGUGCUGGAAUCGGAGCAGUAGCCAUAUUGUGUGUUGUUGGCUUGUGUGCAUCCUUCCUCUCUGUUUCACAUGAACUGUCUGAUCCCGUCUGUUCCUUCUUUUUAAAAUCCAGAUAAAUAUAUCUCCCCCCUCACCCCCCCCCCGCCACCACCUUAAAACAGUUUGAUCAAACUAAACUACAGUUUUGUUAAUUUCUGUGUAAAUAAGAUAUUUGACUGUACUUUUCUAUAACACUGGAGAGAAAGAGAUAUAAAGGGAACAUUUUUUUUUUGCUUCUGUUUGGUUUGUUCUGGUUCAACCUGCCUCCCCUGUUUCAGUCAAUCAAUGUUUUCAAGCUAUGGGACUGAUUUUUAAGUGUUUGCAUUGAAGUCAUCAUUUGAUUAUUUAAAUGGGUGUUAAGCUCUUGUGCCCAAAAGCAUUUAACAUGUACAGAUCAGUUUUGCUAGGCUCAUCUUACGUUUGAUUUGUUGAUUGUACAGAUCUAUUAAGGAAAAAAAUAAAAGUUAUUUAAAGUG